AUGAGUGACCAGUUUAUUUCAACGUGUACUUUUAUAUGGGCAUCUGUCUGUGGGGAAAGGCUUUCUGGGCUUUCUGGCCUAGUGUUGCAGUACCUCUUCUUUCCUCCGGGCAUGUUUUUCCGCAAACCUCGGCUUAGCGCAGAAGUGUGUUAUUAUUUCCAAGUAAGGAGUUUUGUAUCAAAAAUUAUCUGUAAAUGUAAUUUUGUGCAACUAGUUUUCCUUAAAUAAAACAACAUAAAAUAAAACAUCUUGAUGUGGGCGGGGCUUUCGCUGUGGGAGGGCCUUCCUCGUUCCCCCAUCCGGAUGUCGUGUCCUUAGUGGAGUUGGACCCAUGUUUAUACAGUCUUUAGUUUAUACACUCUUUAGUUUUGUCUUCCAGGACCAACCAGGUGAAAUGGACGACAUUGAGUUGCUUUUAUCCUUGAGAAAGUAAGAAAAUAGUUGCUUCAGGGUCUUGUUGUUCCACAGUGUAACUCUGCUGGCUGAAGAAAUUCGAUUUCUUUAAGAUGGAGGCUGGUAGAAAUCUCUGGAUGGACGCCCUCCUCUGAAAGCCUUCCUCCGGCCUCCUCCUCCCAACCCCUCCUCCUCUUCCCACCUCUUGCUCCACCUCACCUCCCCUCCUCCCAGCUCCUCCUUCUCCACCUCCUCCUUCUCCCACAUCCACCUCCACCUCCACCUCCACCUCCACCUCCACCUCCACCUCCACCUCCACCUCCACCCCACUCCUGCUCCUCCUGUGAUGCUCCCUGGCGGCUAGACCAUGUUCUUAAAACGAGGUUCUAUGAUCAUCUGCGGCGCGUUCCUCUUCGUCUCAUGGAACGCCGUCCUGGUUCUGGUCCUGCUGGGCCGGACCCCCCCCAUCACCCCCGGUGCUGGGGGGGGUCCGGGAGGGGACGAGGCGGCAGUGGAGCUCGCCGCCCAGGGGGAGGGGGAGCUAGGGGACGUGGUGGCGGACGUGCUGCGCAUGGCGGACACCUUUGAGAAGAGGCUGGAGGAGCAGAAGAAGAUCCUGCGAGUCAUCCAGAGCCACCGCUCACUGUGGGGAGGGGGCGGACCGCCGCAGGCCACACCCCCCCUCCCCGACGACGACGGGGCCGCCAUCCCCGUGCUGGUCAUGGCGUGCAACAGACCCACGGUGAAGCGCUGCCUGGACAAGCUGCUGGAGUACCGCCCCUCCGCACAGCGGCAUCCCAUAAUAGUCAGCCAGGACUGUGGACACGUGGAGACGGCGGAGGUCAUCCGUUCCUACGGCAACCAGGUGACUCACCUGCAGCAGCCCGACCUGUCGGACGUCGCGGUGCGGUCCGAGCACAGGAAGUUCCAAGGCUACUACAAGAUCUCCCGCCACUACCGCUGGGCGUUGAGCCAGGUCCUCCGCACCAGCGGACACAAAGCCGUCAUCAUCGUAGAGGACGACCUGGAGGUGGCGCCAGACUUCUUUGAGUACUUCGAGGCGCUGUAUCCGCUCCUGCGGAGCGACCCCAGCCUGUGGUGUGUGUCGGCCUGGAACGACAACGGGCGGGAGGGCUACGUGGACCCGGGCCAGGCCGCGCGGCUGUACAGGACAGACUUCUUCCCGGGGCUGGGCUGGAUGAUGCUCGGGCAGCUCUGGGACGAACUGGAGCCCAAGUGGCCCGCCGCCUUCUGGGACGACUGGAUGCGUCAGCCGGAGCAGCGCCGCGACCGGGCCUGCAUCCGGCCGGAGAUCUCCCGGACGAUGACCUUUGGUCGUAAAGGAGUGAGUCUGGGCCAGUUCUACGACAGCUACCUCCGCUUCAUCAAGCUGAACUCCCAGUUUGUCCCCUUCACCACCCUGGACCUGGCCUACCUGCAGAAGGACGCCUAUAGCGCACACUUUGAGAAGGAGGUGUACGCCGCGCCGCUGGUCAGCUACGAGACGCUGAAGCAGGGUCAGGGGACCGGGCCGGGGCCUUUCCGCCUGCAGUACUCCAGCAAGGAGAGCUUCAAGUGGCUGGCCCGGAGCCUGGGGGUCAUGGAGGACCUCAAGUCCGGAGUACCCAGGACGGGCUACAGGGGUGUGGUCAGCUUUAUGACGCGAGGGCAGAGGGUCUACCUGGCCCCGCCCCCUGGGUGGAGCCAGUAUGACCCAACAUGGAGCUGAGCACAGAGUUGGGGCGGGGCUUAGACCAAAGAACAGUGGUAUGAACUCUAAUCUGAUUUGUUAGAUCUCUGAUGUUUGGUGUUUUUUGGGGGGGUGAAUAGAGAAAACGUUCAUCUCUGGUGCCAAAACCACUUGUGAAUUCUUCAUGAUGUUAAAAUAGUUUUACGAUUACCAAGUGGCCUUCUACUCUGCUAAUGGUGCACAAGUGAAUCAAUGCAUGAAAUGCCAUGGCCUUUGUGACUGUAAAUUAUAGGAAAUAUUUGAGAGAUUACAUGCACUUGUACAAAUGUGUUUAGUUUAUGUUUUCGGUUGCUAAUGGUGAUAGGAUUCGGCAUAUAACUGUUAAAAUGUAAUCAUACAAUCUAAUUGUUCUUGUUUUAAAUCUCCUGUUCAUACUUUAGCUCUUUAAUUUACCAAAAAGUUGACACUUUAUGCUGUUAUUGCUGUGCAAUGCAAAAUAUGUAUGUGGCCUUUAUUUUUCUUUAAAUACAAUUACAACAUAAUUUGUAUUUUCUGUUCUAAUUGUUGAUGACCUGGUUAACCGUGAUGCAGAGUCGAUCUUUUGUCGGGAGGGGUAGGGUUUAACUACGGAAGCCUCCCUCGAUCAUUCUGCUGUUUACUUUUUAAAUUUGAGUCAUGGCUAGGGGGCUAGCUGGUCGAGCUAACAUAUUUAAGUCAUCGCAGGUGUGAGAUGGAGGACUGGAUCCAUCUAAUAAAGGGACACUUCGAUUGGCAUUCGCCUACUUACUACACUUACCAGCUUUUAUUACAAUCCAACAUAUACAACUUGGUGAUAAUGCGUUAGUAUAUAACGAGUGGACCCACUAGCCUAGCACAUCUACCUCGUACUUUCGGUUUAUUUUAAAAUCGUAUCCAAUUCAUUUGGUUUUUAUUGGCCUUCCAGUAAAAUAUAUUAAUAGAUU